CCAGCCAGCACGACUAUAUCGGGCCGAUGUACGGUUAAUGUCGGCAUGUCGGCAAAGUGUGCCGAUUUGGGGCCGACGUCGGACCGCUGCAGUGCCGACAUGCUCAAUAUUUUGAAAAAUUCUAAAUGCAAUGGUAUUGUUUACUUAAUUAUGUUAAUAAAUAGUCCUGUGUAUGAUUUCAAUUACUAGAACCACAUUAACCACAUUUCAUGUUACAUCAAAAAAAGGACAUCGGGUCUGCGUCGGGCCUACAUGAUAAAUAAAUGCAACUAUUUUGUAUAUCGGAUUGACAUCGGUACGAUAUUGCGUUUUCUGUCACAUAUCCAUAUUUUGUUAAAUCGUUGAAAUAUUAUGAAAUAAAUUAAUUCCAAUGAAACACCGUUGUUCUUUACUUAUUAUAUUUACGUACUGUCUUACUGUCCGGUUUUUUGUAGUAGACAAGGGAGGGAAUUCUGUUAGGUUUAUUCCCUCCCUUGAUUACCAUGCAGCAAAUAAUUGUACAUUUUGAUAUGAAUUUAUAAAAUAAUUUUAGCUGAGUUUUAAAAUGAUAUGUUGUUUGUAAUUGAAUUCAAUAUUUAUUUUCUAAGCACAUAAAAAACACUCUUCAAUUAUAAUUUAAAUGCAAAUCUGGCAAAUAUUCACUGCAUUUCUACUUUCAACAGAACAAGCGCCAAAAAGCUAAUCAAAGGAAGAAUGUACGUGCUAGUUGAAUUCACUGAUGAAAAAUGUUUAGCUGUAAUUCCGGACAAAUGGCGUGAUGGAACAAAAUGUGCUUUAUGGCCAAGCUGGAAGGUAUCUUCUAAAAUUACUAAAGCUGCAAUGAAGAAGAUGGAGCCGCAGGAUGAUUGGCAAUCCUUCCCAAUCCGUGAAUUGUACGAACAUGAAUCAUAUGAUAAGGUACGAAAGAAGCUGCGUGAAGCAGAAGAUGAAUCUGACCUAGCAACUGCCUUAGAGGCUAGUGAAGAUGAGGCAGAUUCAUACCGCCGAUCAAAGAGAAAAAUCAGAAAAACAGUAUUUUCUUCAUCUGAUGAAGAUGAGGACAGGCAUGAUUUUACUGCUGUUUCACGCAGUAAGAUAACAGAGGAAGGGUCUCAGGAAGAAGUUCAAUCAAUGCUUUUGACAGUUUCUAAAUCAUCACCACCGUCUUCCAUCUCACCACCGUCUUCCAUCUCAUCACCACUGUCUUCCAUCUCAUCACCACUGCCUUCAACAAAAUCGCCAUCUCUUCCUAAACCACCGCCACGUAUCCCAUUGGCAACCACUCCAAAUGUGAAAGUUGGCUCAAAGACGCAAGAAACAGCAGCUCCAGAUGCAAAUAGAGAUCAUGUUCGCUUCUCAAGAGAAGUGUUCACUAGUAUCGAAAAAAUCAGAAUCGAACAAAACCAGCAACGCAGAAUGCUUGAAACUCUUCUAGAUAUGGUUCAGGAGCUAGGAGCGUCAAAAGCGAGCAGCUCCAGUACCUUCAGUCUGCUUGAAGGUAUUACCCGUCCCCUCCAAUCUUUGGAGAAUGUUGAAGGGUUAGAAAAAGAGUUGAGACAACAGGCUGUUCUUAACAACAUGGUCAACUACCUGUCUUUGAUUGGCGGGAAAAACACACCAGAUAUGGUCAGGCGAAUUCUGAGCCAUGUAAUCAAAAGCCGUUUGGCAGAGAGUUACAACUGGUACGGAAAGAAAGGAAAGCUUAAAUUUGGAUCGUUGAAAAUAGCGGAAGUGAUUUGUAAGGCAGUGCAGAAGACCACACCAGGAACAACCACAGCAGAGGUCGAAUUUAUAACCAGAGAAUGGUUGAGGACAGCCAAAGACCGUGAGGGAGGUCGUAAAAAUAGAAAGGCAGCCACAAAUACCUCAAGUGAAAAUUUAGAAAACUGAGAUUUCAAAACUGUCCUCCAAAAAAGAUACAUAAUUAUACUUACAUGGACUGAUAAAACAUGAGAACUUUCAUUAGCAUUUAAAUACUGUUUUACUAGUUAUGCACCAUUUAUUUUCUCUCUUUUUUUCUGUAAAUCACCAAUGUGAAAGCUUUGAUAAAGCAUGGGGAAAAAUCAUUGAUUUAAAAAUGUCAGUAUCAUGAAAUUUAGUGGGUCCCUUGCACUGACAGAAGUUGAAGUAAUUUUUUUAUUUUUAAGUAUUUUCCCUUGAUAUAUAGAGGAUAUUGAAUGAAUAGGUUUAAUACUAAAUUUAUUGAACAAGUUGAAUAAAAUCA